CAUGGCGACCAAAAUAGAUCUUGGACACGAUGUGCCGGAAGCUAAAGUUGAUCAUUUGCCACCAUCAGGCCCAAAGUAUAACAAUGAAUAUCAAAAGGCAUUUCAUUACCGAGGGAAGCUAUUCUGUUCAACAGCCAAUCGACUCAGAAAUCUGUGUCAGCAACCAAGAAGGGAUGCUUUCACAGAAUCAUUUGUGAGAGAUGAAGACAUAUUAUCAGAAGAACUGUCCAGUAGAUUGGUUUAUGAACCACAAACUUCCCACAAACCCAACAGGCCACGUAGAAUACAGAGUGCCAAGGGCCGACUAGAGAAGCGUCAAGACUGUGAUGAGACAGAUUCACAAUGUUUAGAAAAGACUGGAAGUCAAGUAUCGGUAGUUGACAUGAAUCUGAAUGUACAUAUUCCAAAAAAACCUAAACCAAAACGGCCACAAAGCGCUUCAGUUGUGAGUCCCCCCAAAAGUGACAGAUCUGGGAGAUCUUCAACAGGUACAAGUAGGCCAUCAUCGGCUAAAUCAGCCCUUGCCCAACCCAUAUCAGGAGAGACAACUGACAAUGAUGGAGUCAAGCCCUCAGUAUUUGGGUUAAAGCUGAAGAGACAGGUGUUUGGAAGUGAGCCUGGUAUUUUCUCCAGUACUGAAGACUUGACAAGCAAAGGGUUUCCUUAUGUGCUGUCCAGUGACAGUGGCAAGGCAAACAAGGAUCCCAGUGAAAGUAUCAGGUCGAUGCCUGCCUGUUUAGAGCCACUGAGACCUUGGCUGAAUACAGAUAUAUCAAAGGAUGUGAUUGGUGUUGACCCAGCAAAUUGUCUAGUAUUUCUUGCUGGUUGUUAUGACGACCUCCCAGAAGUACCACCACCCCAAGGUGCCGAGGAUGUGCUGGCUUGCCAUGGUCAACUUCCACCAGAAAAAGCUCCCCAUAAGAAAUACAGCCAUCCUUUUUACAACAGGAAGCUGUCCUCAGAGUGGGAGUGUAACCACAGAUCUCGUCUGCUCAACAAGAUCUGUGGUGAAGAUGGCACUGUUCUACAUGUGAGGUAUGAAGGCAAGAGAACAACUGAUGUUGUCAGAAAGGAAAUUCAAGAACUGGAAAAUCUCCUGCUAGGUAUCGGCAGCUAUGACAGUGAGUGCAUGAUGGUACAGUAUCAGGCGGACAUCACCCGACUGCGAGAAAUGGUGGACACCACUCUUGCCAAGGUCCCAGACAGGUAAGACAUGAUCUGUGCACAGUCACAAUUACCUCAUUACAUGACUGUUUGGUGACGUGUUCUCAGUGUACAACUCGGAUCAUAUCGAUAUACUCUGUUGAAUUUGUUAGAUGCACAAAGUUGUAUCCCUUCAUUGUGAAAUGAUCCGGUAACGGCAGAUUCACUCUUUUUUAAUUCAUAAAUUGUAUUUUUUCUCUUUUCUCUUUUUCCCAAAAUACUAUUUUCAUGUCAAGUGUUCUUUAUUCUAGAAUAUUUUAAUGCAUUUCAUUCCAGUUUGUAGUGACACAACUAGUAUAAGCUGAAUGGAUAUAAACAGUGAAG